AUGCCGAUGCAGGAGAUUGAUACAAUAGGUGAAGAUAUGUACACUCAAGAAACGUCUUUGUCUAUGGGUCAUAUCACGCGAAGUAAUACUUCUAUAACUCAUGAAAUGUUUAAUAUGACAAGUUUUGAUGCGUCAAAUCCAUCAUUAAAUUAUGAGGAAUUAACUACAAAUGAUGAUAAAAAAUUCCAGAAUGACAUUUAUUUUAAAGAUAAUAUAGAAAAAUUUACUCAUUUCACACCCUCAGUUGAUGAAGAUGCUACAGCUAGUCAGUUGUUAGAAUUAUUAAGGGAAAAAACUUGUUCUACAAUUGUUGAUGAUGAUUUAUUUUCCACCCAACUUACUACUGGUAACCAAUACCAAAAAGAAUAUACGACAAAUACCAGCAGUCAAGGCUCAAAUGCUGCUAUUUCCGAAGAUCAUUUACCUCAGAGUUCAAAAGAAUAUUUGGGAGGGCAUUACGUAGAAAAAGUAUUGAUUUGGUCUGCAGCUCAGGGAUGGGAGGCGAAGCAGCGUGCACCUUGGCAUUGGAUUCAUACUAUUGAAACAGGAUUGGAUAUUUUGGUUCAUAUGGUAUUUGUUAUGUGGCAUGUAAAGGUUUUAAAUAAUUUGUGA